AUGACGAUAUCGUUACUAUCACCUGCUCAUAAGUUCUUGGGAUUGGUUGAUGAGAGCCUUAUUAAUUGGUGUCCCACCUUAAACUUGAUUACGGUGGUGAUCAAUAAGACUUCUGUGUGGGUAUAUCGAUUGAAUGGAGAACGGAUUUAUUCUGUCAAUAAUAAAUCACCAAUCCUUUCCAUAACAUUUAUGAAGAAUGGAUUAUUCUUUUGUUUAGCUGGUGUGGAUGGUAAGAUAAAGAUAUAUGAUUCUAAUAAUGGGAAGUUAAUCAAGAUUCUUAGUUCAACGUUUGAUCAGAUCAAGCUCAUUAAUUGGAAUUUUCAUACUUAUAAGAGUUAUCAUAAAUUCGAUGAUUUAUUCAAAGUCAACGUUUUGGAGAAUCUUCCUCUGUUAUCAUCUGAAGUAGGUGAUAAUAUUGAUAUCAAUAAUAACUCAAAUGAUCUUAAUUUCUUAACAAUAAUAGAUUCCCAGCGGUUAUGUAUCAAUUUCAAUAAUUUACUCAUAAUAGAUGAUAUUUCAUUAGCUUCCAACAUAGAGUUUAAAGACCACCUCAAUAACAAUGAUUUAUUCAAUCAAUACUUCUUAAUCCAAAAUCAAGAUCAUGAUGAUGAUAGUCUUCAAUUAUUACAGUGGAACAUUGCCGUGGAGAAUAAAAAGAUUUUAAUCGAUAUAAUAUUGAAAUUUUGUAAAAUCAUAAAUUACUUAAACUACAUUGAUAGUCAAUUACAACAAUGUCAUAGCAAAGUCACGCCAUUCUUACAGUUAUAUGAUAGAUAUUUAAGUAACUUGAAGGAUUCAAUAGAAGAAGAUGAUAUCAUGAUUUAUUUAUUUGAUUUAUUAUUAACUAAUUUAAUUCCCGAAGAAACCAAGGAUUUUUGGUUGAAUCAAUUUGGUGAAAGAGGAUAUAAAAAAUUGAUUAAACUAGGGUCAAAUAUGUAUGAUGGUCUACGUGAGGUGUUGUUUAUUCAAAUUGUUUCAUGUUUGGAAAGGUUGUGUAUACUUUUCAAUGACUUAUACUCAAUAUCAAAAUGGUUAAAAGAUUCAAAUUCGAAUGAUGACACCUUUGGAUUAAAUCCAUUAAUCAUAAAUGGUUUAUUAAAUCAUAUCAAAGUGUUUUUAAAAAGAAUUUAUAAAUUGAUUUGGAUCAUUAAUAAAGAGCAAGAGUUGUUUAAUAAUUUUAUAAAUUGGAUUAAAAAUGACAUCAUUGAUAAGAUACUUCUGAGUACUGGUAAAGAUUGUGUUAUAAAAGAACAUGAUAUCAUAUUAUAUUUGAAUAAUCAUUGUUUCAAUAGUGGGAUAUGGCAAUAUUUUGAUUUAAAUUUAUCAGAUUGUGAUAUUUUACGAAAUGAAUCAAAUCCAAAACUCUUAGUUGAUUCAUAUAAUCUAUUGAAUACUGAAUUUAAUGAAAAGCUUCUUAUUCCAUUUAGUAAGUAUUUUAAAUCACAUUUAAAUUUCGAAUUUGCUGAUUUUCCUAUUAAAUUAUCAUUAGAAAGUAAAUUACAUUAUAUUAAUGAAAGUCAUAGUAUUAUACUUACAAGGAAAGAUUCAUCAUUACAGAUAUUAGAAUUUUCCUAUUCAAAUCCUAUAAAAGCAAUUACAAAAGAAUUAAAUUUCAAUCAACAAAUCAAUAAGGAAAUCUUAAGUUAUCAAGUUUAUGAUAAUAAGAUUCUUAUAUUAUUAAAAACCGAAAUUGGUUAUGAUAUAUCACGAGUUAUAAUUAAGAAUUCAAAUGAAUUUGAAAUUGAAACUGUAUCGUGUAAUUCUGGAACCAGACUUCCUGAUCCUCAGAAAUUAGCCUUAAAUGCCGAAUUUGGAUGUAUCUUAGAUGGGAAUAAUCAAAAUUAUAUGGUAUUUAAACAUUGA